GCACGCAACCCGGGGCUAGCUUCAGUGUUCUAGCAUAACAUGCUAAAUUAGGGUUAGCAUCUUUCCUCCCAGGGCAACCCCCGGUAUUUUUCCACCUUUUCGGAGGAUAUGAGCUCAUGCUGAUUCUGCUCAGUUUGUAACGCUUAGAUCGUAUUCCAGUGCGGCGCUGUGAUGUUUAUGUCGCGCGGGGAAACGCGUGGAAAGUUACCUUGGUGUGUAAACAUUCGUGACGCCGUGUAAUCUCCAAGGAAACAUGUUAAGUGGUGGCUUUCUAUUAGUCUCGUCCCAAUGUUAUAUGUCUGCCUUCACUCUCAUCGCUCCGUUGUGCAGCCUAACAUCCUGAGUUUUUCUGUGCAGUGUCCUGAUGCCAGAGCUCCACAGACAGAAGAUGAUGAAGAGAAGCAGACACCCCAGCAGCAGUGAUGACUCGGAUAAUGGAAGACGUAAACAAAAAGAGAGGAAGAAGGGCAAGAAACGGACAAGGGUAAAAGCAAAGCAAAGGGACAGCAUCAGUGUGAGAGACAGGACAGAGAGUAGAAACAAGAGGCAUGUUUGGACCUUUGAAGACAUCCUGGCAGGUAAUUCAACCUGCUGGUCUCAGCAUUCAUCACAGCACCGGAGGGGAAGCGGGCAGAAACCCUCUGAGGUUUUUAGGACAGACUUGAUCACAGCUAUGAAACUGCACGACUCGUAUCAACUGAAUCCUGAGGAUUACUACGUCCUGGCUGAUCCAUGGAGGCAGGAGUGGGAGAAAGGUGUCCAGGUCCCUGUAAGCCCCCAGUCCAUUCCUCAGCCCAUGACCAGGGUAUUAGCAGAAAAAGGAAAGGAGGUCAUGUUCAUCAGACCUAAGAAGCUGAUCCGGACAUCAGGCUCAGAGGCGCUGGGCUAUGUGGACAUCCGAACACUGGCAGAGGGGAUGUGCCGCUAUGACCUGAACGAAGAAGACGUGGCUUGGCUGCAGAUCAUAAACGAGGAAUUUGCACAGAUGGCUCUGCCGCUGCUAGAUGAGAACACAAUGGAACGAGUUAUGGAGGAGUUUGAACACUGCUGUCACGAAAACAUGACGCACGCUAUGGAGACGGAGGAGGGGCUGGGCAUCGAGUACGACGAGGACGUGGUGUGUGACGUUUGUCAGUCGCCAGAUGGAGAGGACAACAAUGAGAUGGUGUUCUGCGAUAAGUGUAACAUCUGUGUUCAUCAGGCGUGUUACGGCAUCCAGAAAGUCCCUAAAGGCAGCUGGCUGUGUAGGAUCUGUGCACUUGGCAUCCUCCCAAAGUGCCAGUUAUGUCCUAAGAAGGGCGGAGCCAUGAAGCCAACCAGAAGUGGAACCAAGUGGGUUCAUGUCAGCUGUGCCUUGUGGAUCCCAGAGGUGAGCAUUGGGAAUCCAGAGAAGAUGGAGCCGAUCACCAAUGUGUCCCACAUUCCCAGCAAUAGAUGGGCUCUGAUCUGCUGUCUGUGUAAGGAGAAGACAGGAGCCUGCAUACAGUGCUCUGCAAAAAACUGCAGGACUGCCUUCCAUGUGACCUGUGCUCUCCAUGCCAACCUGGAAAUGAACACCAUCCUUACUGAGGACGACGAGGUCAAGUUCAAAUCGUACUGCCCCAAACACUCUGGGAUCCAAGGUACCGAACCUAACCACCACGACUCGGGGGACGAGGAGGAGAAGGUGGAGGCGAGAGAUCGGAAAGAGAGGGUGGACAGCGAUCAGGAGGAGCUGAACAGCCGCCAGCAGGAGAAGAGGGUCAACCUUCGCAAGCUGAAGCUGCAGGAGAUGGAAGAAGAGUUCUACCAGUUUGUGGAUGUAGAGGAGGUGGCCAAAAACCUGAAGCUUCCAGCGGAGGUAGUCGACUUCGUCUACCAGUACUGGAAGCUGAAACGCAAAGCCAACUUUAACCAGCAGCUCCUCACUCCGAAGAAAGACGAAGAGGAGAGCCUGGCUCGCCAUGAGCAGGAGGUGCUGCUGCGCCGCCUGCAGCUCUUCACCCACCUUAGACAGGACCUGGAGAGGGUCCGUAACCUGACCUACAUGGUGACCCGGAGAGAGAAGCUGAAGCGCUCGUUGUGUAAAGUCCAGGAACAGAUUUUCCAGCACCAGGUCCGACUGCUUGACCACGAGCUGCUCAACGGUGAUCCCUCUGCAAAGGACCUAGAGAACCUGUUGACCCUGGGUUCUUUAUCCUCUCAUGGUACCCAGUCUGGCUCCUCCUGCAGUAACUCCAGUCUAAAGAGCAAACGAAGCUUGCUGAAGCGGGAAAGGAGGAAAAGCUCGUCAGACUCACCAAAUGUUCUCAAGAAGGACAAUCAGUGCAACCUGCCGGAGAGUAAGGAUCACAAAACCUCCCGAAUCAAAGAGGCUGUGGCCACAGAGGCUGCAGGAGAAGCCAAAGUCCAGAAGUCUGAGGUCAGCGAGGAGAAGCCUGUCAUAAAGCACCCGAAGCCCGAGGUUAUCCAGGAACGGGCCUCCAUCAAGUUGCACAAGCCUGAGAGCAGGAAGGGCCCCAGAAGAGAGGCUCCAGGACCGGAACAUGAAGUGCUGACAAGCCACAAACAAGACCCAGAGCAAGAGGAGCGAGGGAGGAAGAGGAGGAGUGAUGUGUCGGAGAGCUUCACCUGCCAGCUGAAGAACAAGUUCAGCUCCAAACAUCUGGAUAAAACCGUGUCUAUCAGGCUGGUUGACAUCAGGAACUCUGACUCCGACGAGUAUUUAUUUGAUGAUGGGAUGGCCAGGAGGAGCCGCACUUCACAGGAGGUGACUCCCAACACUAAGUUUAAGGCGGGCAUGGUUUCAGACUCCUCCAAAACCAACAGCUGGCUCAGAAAAUCCUUGGACAGCAGUUCCCACGCCCCUAACGGAUCUGUGUCCGGACAUCUGAAAGGCUGGGGGAGGUUCCGAAUCCCAAAGAGGACCACGUUAAAGGAGCAGGAGCGGGAGGAUCUGGAGCAAAGCAACUCCCUGCUCAAACCGCUCCCCAACACGCCAGGCCCAGCGUACCCCAGAACGCGGCUCCGCACGGUACCGGAGGCCGAGGGCUACAGCCCUGACUCGAAAGCAGCUGAAGGUGAGCUGGAGCCCUGCCUCAAGCGGUGCCACUCCCACGAGCUGAGGGGCGACUCCUCUCUGGGGCGCCGCUACGGCUCUGACAUUAUCCGCCGAGGCGUGCUGGCCUCCUGAUGGGGAAAAUAAGCUGCACUGUGGUAAUCAGAAAAGAAUGACGGUCACUCUUUGUACCUUUAUUUUCUCUAGAAAUCAUAAAAUGGCUAGAUGGAAAAAAACAGAGCUGAUAUUUAUUUUUUAUUUGUACCAUAAUGUAAAACCGGGAAAUAUUUGAAUUUAUUUUGAGCUAGUUAGUUUAUCUUGGGUUUUUGUAGGUAGAAACGUGUCAAGUUGCCACUUAAAUCGCUUGCUCUGAUAUUUACAAGCAAAAGCAUCAACUAGGAAGAUGUUGUGAUCGUUGCUUGGGACCAUAAGCUUGCAAUGUAAUUUGUGUUUAAUAUAGUAUUAAAGUCGACUACGAGUCAGUUGCACUUAGCCGGUCAAGCUCAAACAUAUAAUCCUGAUCCUGUCAGCCUGUAGGACACUGUAGGUCCUCUGUUUCUUUAACCAAGUAUCAUCAGAUCUUCACAGCAAAAAACCAGGAAGUCCAGCCGCCUCUUUUAUUGUUAUUUAGUCUCACCAGGCUGCAGGCGUCACACUAUGAACUGGGAACCUCCAAAGAGGAAAUCAAAGAAUGAUGUUUUUCAUGUCAUCAGCCCUCAAGUGUAAUUGAACUGUGAUCGUAUCCAUCAUGUGCCUAACUUUUAUUUGAAGCGUUUGCACUACGAGAGGAUGGCACAGGUGGGAGGCACGAGAAGAGAUAUUUUUACACUGAAAAAUAACGACAGAAGCAUUUUUUACCCUCGGCCGCUGCUGUACUACUGUUAUGCAAAAGGAGUUUUUGUGAGGGAGGAGGCUUGUCUUGAACAGAAAUAAAAAUACUUUGAAGACAAA